AUUCCAUGCAAAGAAAAAAUUCUCAAACACUCAUGUCCUUUUCCUGUUCAAGUGUUUCCGCCUCUUUUCCUUUCUUUACUCUGUUUCGUAGAAAUUAGUCUAAACCUGUAUUUAUAGUCUCGACGGAAAGUUUCAAGGUCAUUAAAUGGAAAGUUACCAAUAAGAUUGGUAUAAAAUAUUUAUCCCUUUUUAUCCAUUAGAAAUUUCUCCUUCUAGUUGUGAACAAAGAAGUUGAAAAGUAAAAUUUUCUAUAGCAAUCACUGGAAAAGUCUUAUAAAACGUGAGCAGCCAUUUCUUUUUCCUCAUGUUUAACAAUUCUCAAGUGUGAUAUCUUUUGUUAGUCAAAACUGAAUCAACGUUCACACUUGGACACCUCAAUCGAAUGAUAUAUUUUGCCAAACUCUUCUAAUACAUAGGUUUUCCAACCAACCUAGUCUACCAUUGAUGAGUUCUCACAAAUGCAUGCUCAAAACAUCCCUCUUCCUCGGCUCCACUCCAUCAUCGCCUUCCUAUGCUUCUUGAUCACGUCCUCGCCAUCCUAUGCCCAAGAGGAUAAACAGUAUUCCACUUGUAAUAGCUCCUACAGCUGUGGGAAUAUUCAAAAUAUCCGCUUCCCUUUCUGGGGUGGUGAUCGACCUCAAGAAUGUGGUCUUCCACAAUUCGAGCUUGAAUGCGAAGCCAAUCAGGAUCCCCUUAUACAUAUCGAUGGUCAUAAUUUCCGCGUACUUGACAUCAAUGGAGACAUCCAAACCAUGAGAAUUGCACGAAAUGAUCUUGAGGAAGACAUUUGUCCUGAUAGAUUCGGUAACACUAGCUUGAAUGAUGCCCUUUUCCGCUAUGGUCCUGACUUUGGGAUUCUCAUCCUGUUCUAUGCUUGUCCUUUUGAUAUACCUUCUGAAUGGAAAAAGUUCACCUUUACCUGCAAUAACAGUGGAGAGUCCAGUCAUGGUUUCUAUCCAGAUGCCUCAUUUAUUUCAUACUGGGGACCAAAGUAUGGGAAUUGUGAGCGUAAUGUCACGGUUCCUGUGGUGCAAACGGCAUUUAAGCGGUUCCAAGACGAAGGAAGUAUGAAGAUAUUGGAGCUAUUGAAGCAAGGGUUUGAUGUGGUUUACAACAAAAGCGUAUAUUGUAUGGCUUGUGAGAGGUCAGGGGGAUUAUGUUGGUCAGAGACAUAUUUUACGGAGCCAACUUGCCUUUGUCGGUACCGAACUUAUUCUUAUAACUGCGGUUUUCAAGAACCGGAACAAGGCAAUAAACGCGAUUUCAGGGUGAAGAUAGCCCUAGGUAUCUGUGUUGGGAUAGGAACAAUAUUAACCUGCUACAUGAUCUACUGGUUUGUCUUUAAGAAAUCAUCUGGUACAUGCCUUUUGUUACCAAAGCAGAGGAGGGAACAUCAGAAUAUUGAGGCCUUCCUCAGGCAAUAUGGAUCCCUAGCCCCUAAGGUAUACAGCUAUUCAGACAUUAGGAAAAUGACAAAUUCACUUCAAGAGAAACUUGGACAAGGUGGUUAUGGAGGGGUGUAUAAAGGUAACCUUAAUGGCCGUCCUGUUGCUGUAAAGAUUUUAAAUUCUACCAAAGGGAAUGGAGAAGACUUUAUCAACGAAGUUGCAAGCAUCAGUAGAACUUCACAUGUUAACAUAGUUACUCUGUUGGGAUUCUGUUUCAAUGGUCGAGAAAGAGCUCUUAUUUAUGAAUUCAUGUCGAAUGGAUCACUCGAUCAACACAUCUAUGGUGAAGAUUCUAAGUUGGGAUGGGAAAAGUUGUACAUAAUUGCAUUUGGGAUAGGUCGUGGACUGGAGUAUUUGCACCGAGGAUGCAACGCACGAAUACUGCAUUUCGACAUAAAACCUCACAACAUCCUUCUUGAUGAGGACUUCUGCCCCAAGAUAUCUGAUUUUGGUUUAGCUAAAUUAUGCCUUCAGAAAGAAAGCAUGAUAUCAAUGUUGGAAGCAAGAGGAACCAUUGGUUACAUUGCUCCGGAAGUAUUCUGUAGAAACUUUGGAGGCGUCUCACACAAAUCCGAUGUUUACAGCUAUGGAAUGAUGGUUCUUGAAAUGGUUGGAGGAAGGAGGAACUACAGUGCUGAAAGAAGCCAUCAUAGUGAAAUAUACUUCCCGCGUUGGGCUUAUCAACGCCUUGUGACAGAUGAAGACUUGAAUAUACACUGCAUCGCAACCAAAGAAGACGAAGAAAUUGCUAAGAAGAUGAUACUAGUAGGUUUAUGGUGCAUUCAAACUGAUCCCUCGCAGAGACCACCAAUGAGUAAGGCAAUUGAAAUGCUGGAAGGUAACUUAGAGGCCAUCCAAUUUCCACCGAAGCCUUUCAUAUGUUCUCCCUCACGAUCAGAAGGAUCGUCGAUGAUCCUUUUGGGGAAGCCAACAAAGCCCUUUAUAAUUUCUUCUUCCAGUUCAACACUUGAUUCUACAGAAGAUUUGGUUACGUAGUCUUUCAUAAAUUUGUUUUUAGUUUUAUGUCCUUUUGAAAGACGAUAAGUUUAAAGAAAAUUAAAAGUUUUAAGUAUAUUAAGAACGUAGUGUUUACUGAGAAUUUUGAUCACCAAUUUAAUUUGUUUUUAAAAAAAGA